AUGAACUUCUAUUUUAUAUCCGUGUGUUCUAUUAUUUCAUCCUUGGCGGUUUUAACAGAAAGUUGUAUGCGAAUGGUUCCACGAAAGGACGUAUAUAUUUCGAGCACAUUAGCUCCGGAGGUGGACCCGCCUACCACAUUGGCUCCAGAGACUGCUGCUCCUACUACACAUGCUGAGACUGGCAUGACUGAGGAAAUGAUGACAACGCCUGUAGUGGAAGUUUCAACUGUAACAGAAAAAGUAUGCCCAGGGAUUUCAGCAGAAUGUCCAGAUCUGAAACUGCAAUUCUACACACCAGUAGACACUAUAGAACAAGAUGGCUGCUCCGUCCUAAAAUGCCCAGCAGGCGGGAAACCAUAUGCGACCACACAUUUCUCGAAAAGUGAAAUUCCGAAACCGCCAACUACCAACGACGAAGAUGAAUUUACUAUUUAUAAAGCCGUCGAAGCUGAAAAUUUGGAUAAGAUCUUCGUUGAUAUAUUCGGGAUCACAUGUGAAGGCGGGGUGUGGAAGGCGUCAGUGUAUCCGAAUGGGAUUCUGACGUUCGGAAUCGAUUAUGAGAAAAAUUAUGAUGGCAUGGAUGGUGCAUAUGAUGGUCUGAAAUCUGAAAUUGAUAGGAUGUACUGUUAA